AUGCCUCGCAAACCAGCUGCACCGAAGGAGGGGGCGUUCGAUGCCGGUGAGCCCCGUCGCUCAUCACGAAUUAAGGAGCAGCCCAAACCCGAACCUGUGGUCAAGAGGGCCCCAGCGAAACCUCGUUCUAAGAAAGCCGAAAAAGAUGCCAAUAAGGAAGUAAAGGAAGAUGGAGGAGAGAAACCAAAGUCCUCCAGGGGAAAGAAACGCAAGGCAGACGACGAUAUACCUGCUGAGGGUACUGAAGGGGAAGAUAAAGCUCCCCCGUCCAAGAAGGCCAAACCAGCUUCCAAGGCUACGAAACCAUCCUCGAAAGCUAGUGCUAAACCUGCCUCGAAGGCUAGUGCUAAACCGCCAUCCAAGACUACCAAGCCUUCUUCUCGAGCGUCUGCGAAACCCCCAUCGCGCGCUACAUCUGCGAAACCCGCUUCUCGUGCCGGCUCUAAGAAACCCGCUUCAAAGGCACAAGCUGAGCAGCCUGCUGCUGCCGCUAAUAUUGAGCAAACCAUCGCUGAAGAACCCGAGAACGAGGCUGCUGCUGAAGCCGCAGCCAGCGAUGAGGAAGCUGCGGCAUGA